AUGCAGAGCAACGCCGACCUCGAGCGCGGCUCGGCCGGCGAGUUCCUGUCGGUGACGACGCCCCCGCCCGCCUGGAAGCCUCGCGACGAGGACGACGCGGUCGCGCAGCGCCCCGGGCGAUGGCAGCGCGUGCUGGGCGACUACCGUGUCGCAGAGUUCGGCUGCACGCUGGCCAUGCUCCUCGUCGCCAAGUCCUUCACGCUGAUGGCCGUGAACGACCGCCCCAUUCCCAGGAUCGAGAUCCGCCUCAACUCCACCACCACGAUCUAUGCGCGGGAUCCGACCGUGGACGAACGAAAGCUGCACGAGCAAGUACCGAUGUGGUCUCUUAUUUUGUUCGGAGUCGGCGUCCCCAUCGCGACCAACCUGCUGCUUAACUACGUGCUGCCGAAGAUCCGUGACGUCCGCGUGAUCCCGCAUGACGUGCGCGACUUCUUCCUGAGUCUGGCGCAGGGCGUCACCAUGUCGACGCUGCUCACGCAGUUCACCAAGCACGUGACUGGCCGCUUCCGCCCGAGCUUCUAUGAUAUGUGCGGCUGGGACUACGACGCGGUUUGGGAUGGAGUCACCAACCUGUGUACUGACCCAGCCGGCGAGAGAGAAGGUCGCAAGAGCUUUCCGUCUGGCCAUGCUUCGUUCGCGUGGGUGACGAUGCUUCUGCUCACGCUUUACCUGCUCGGGCGAUCGAGAAUCAACUGCAAAAGCCGCAGCGAAUCUGCUGUGCGGGGUGGUACGAAGAUGCUGAAGCUGUUCCUCUGCUGUGUGCCGUGCUUGGCGGCAUCUUGGGUCGCCAUUACGCGGUCGAUCGACAACUGGCACCACUACAGCGAUAUUCUGGCUGGUAGCAUCAUUGGCGCGAUCUCUGCUUGCAUGGCCUACAGCUACAACUACGGCUCCAUCUUUUGCCGGAAGUACGCGGGGAUGCCGUGCGAAGCGGUGCACGAGAAGAUCAAGGUAAGGCAAUCUCCUUUCUGUACCCCGUUGCUUCAUGUGUUGCAGCUGAAAUCUUACAACCUUUUGACGAUGUAG